CUUUUCUUAUACGUCAGGGCGGAAUUCUACUCCCGCUUCCGGUGGAAGUUGAAAGUGUUGGUUUCUUCUAAAAAACAAAGGCUGCUAAAAAGAGUACUUUUGAAAAUGCAAGGGUUUUCCCCCUUAAUAAAACCGUGACACCAGCUUCUGAGUGAUGGAUCAUCCAUAAUUCAUCUUCAGCGAUUUCGAAUGAGUUAUUUAUCGUGAACAUACAGAGACACUUGAUCAUCAGUAAGUUGAGAAACCACGACAUGACCGGACAAGUCUAAAAGCAGAAAAAGAGGCUCAAAGGACUUAUCCAAAAUGCCGGAGCUUGCCGAGGUAGAGUAUGCGCGUCGGCUGCUGGUCAAUGCCGUUUUGAACAAGAGGAUAAGCAAAUUGAUCAUCGACCAAUCCUGCGAGACGACUCUUUUCAAAGGCAAUGUCAAGGGUUCGGCGUCUGUUGAAGCGGCUAUAGUGGGACGCAAGGUUAUGUGGGAAACGUAGUGUGGUUGUGUAUGUGUUAGUUUGUAGUUAUAGAUACCACUGUGGUUCUUGUGGUUGUGGAUUGAUGUGAGAGUGUAAUUAUUUGGCUGUAACAAGUGUUGCUCUGCAACUUCAAUAGAAUGCGAUGAACGUGAAAUCGAAUUCGAUCGAUAAGAUUCGCGUUUCGCUUUCGCGUCGGAUGCUUCGUCCCCUAGGGAAAGGGAAGGGAUUUCAUUCAUUUAAAUAACAACACAAACGUAAAUAAAGAUCCUUCUCCAGCAUCUUCUUGAUGCUCUAAUCUGUUCGUCGCCCUGAAGCGGAAAGGCAAAAACCUGGUUUGGUUUGGCUAUGACGAGGAGAGCAUGGAAUUGUCCGCGGUUCAUUUCCAUUUCGGAAUGAAGGGUUUGUUCAACGUUCACGCACCUGCCGAAAGGGAGGAUCUAAAACCGAUCUACUACAUGAGCGGAAAACGCAAAUGGUUACCGGAAAAAGAACUAACGGCUGUUCCUGAAAAAGAACAGACGGUAAAGGUGAUGAAGCAGGAGAAAUAUAGUGGUGUGAAACAGGAGCAUGGCAAUGGGGUCACCAGCACUACUUCCAUGAUGAGCAGCAAAAGUACUAGUGCGACAACCACAUCUUCUCAUACAUCAGGAGCUUCUUCAUCCGAGAAUAACAACAUUUUCGCGCAUUACUCGUUUGCUGGUGCUGACGAGGAGGGAAAUGGAUCAUCCUUGGAUCAAACAAUCAAAAAGAAGAAAAAUCCCUAUCUUGGUGGUGGAAAAACAAAAGGAAAAGCAACAAUAAAAAACGGAACAACAGCUGGCGAAAGCGAUGAAGAAGACGAUGGAAUGUCUUCCUGGCCUCCGAAACAUCAUAAAAUGCUAUUCGACACCGACUCGGAAGAGGGCAUUAAGCUCGCUUUUGUUGACUCCCGAAAAUUCGCCAAAGUAGUGGUUUUGUCUGAGAUGCAACUAGUGGCUGGAGGACAGGACGUUGAUGAAGCGGUAGAAGCGAUCUGGCAUAACCAGUUCACUCACCUGGGUCCUGAUCCUCUAGAUGAUUUGCCGAGUGUGCAGCAAUUUCGAGGGAUACUAGAUGUGAAAGGUUAUGACAGACUCAGAUUCAAGCAACAUUCUUCAACGGCCUCUGUCGCAUGUUCUCAUGCGUGGAGGUAGCAAUAUCAGCUAGUAAAAUGUAAUUCUCUUCCGUAAAUACUUUUUCCUCUACAAGAAUCGUCCACCUCGCUCUCUAAGCAAAAAGUAAAAAAGGCCUAGCAUCGGCACGCAUCAAAACGGCGCUUUUGGAUCAGGCAAAGAUAGUUUGCGGUAUUGGAAAUUGGCUUGCGGAUGACAUCCUUUACGACUGCGCGAUACAUCCACAGCGCACUAUUGGCAGCCUAACGUUGGACGAAAUCGACCGUUUGCGAGAUUCGAUUUGGCGCAUAGUUGAUAUCAUUAUGUCACACACAGAUUGAAAAACUCAUGCAUCUUCAUAGAACUACUAAAAGUAGAUAUGAUCUGGGACUCCGUUAGAAUUUAACAUGACUGAAGAUACCGAUAAAACCAUUCAAGAAAAUUCAUCGCAGCUAAUAUCACAAGAAUUUUACUUCCAAUUUUUUACUUCCCCUUCAUCUCCCGUUGCAACCAUGCCAACGCGGACAGUACUUUGUUUCCGACGCAUUGGCUCUUCCACGUCCGUUGGGAUGCUAGACCUGGAAAGAUCUGUUCCAAGCGACCUCACCUCCAGCUCUUGGAGUUAGAUGGUCGAACCGCAGUCGUUGAUCCGAAGAAGCAGAAGAAACCCAAGGACGCGCCGGAUUUGUCACGAGCAGUAGGGGAAGCAAAGAAGGCGAGUAUCGCGAUGAAGAUUUCAGAAAAGGCGAUGAAAGCGGCACUUUCAGGUGGAGGCGGGAAAAACAAGAGCAACAAGGCUAGUUCUAUUAAAAGUGCAGUGAUGAAGAAAUCAACCACGAUGAGACUAUCAACUUCGAGGGUGACGAAAAAAAGUGUCACCGACAAGAAGAAACUCACGAAAAAGUCAGCAACUAAAUCUUCAAAGAAAAAGCCUAGUGCAACGAAGACAGUAGUUAUGAAGAUGAAAGACCAAGGGAAGAACAAGAAGCCUCCUUCUGCGCCAAAGGCUAGCGUGAUGAAGAAAAGUGGAGCAGGAAAAGCGACUAUAGCUGCAGCUGCGAAAAAAAGUCCUAUGAAAAAGGCAGCGGCUGCUUCCACGAAAAAUCCGGCUGGUGCGAUGAAGAAGGUCGUGAAGAAAUAAACAACGACUAAUAUGAACUUGAACUACAUGAAGAACGAAUGAGGUGCCAGUAUCAACAAUUGGCGUAUGGUGAUGAAGAACAGGAGGAUUUGAAUCGUGUCAGUGUCUACGCAUGAUUUUCUACAGACAUAUUGACCACAGGUAACUACAACUGGAAGAUGAAAGAUAACUCAUAGUGCAACUUCUACGGAUUUCCAUUGAUUCCCUUCCAUUGAAAUUCAAUGACUAUCAUUUCUUGAUGUCUUGUUGUUCAGGCGUGUGCAGCAAAAAUGGUUGUGGAAGUUCUGUAGUGGAAUAGGUCGCUAGUAUCAUGAUACCUUUCUAGAAAGAAACAGAUACUCUGGCAGUUAUGACAUACUUGUGUGCAGCAGCAGAGAGAAAACAACUUGAAUGAAUAAAAUCAACGCGGAUCUAAUUUUCAUACCGUACAAAAAGAAUUCUGCGACUCACUUGCCUCAU